CUUCAGACUUCCAGGUUGUAAACGGCCUCGAAUGCAUCUGACGUCGGCUCUUUUUGCGCUUGUUAUCUGUUCAGUCUUCAAUUGUUUCCUUAGAUAGUCUUUCGGGACCUGCAUUACUUUCUCAUGAUUUCCAGUUCCCACCUACCACUACUCGCCAGGAGGUAAACAUAGCAAUGGCCUCUGAUGGCGCAUCUUCAAUUUCAGUCACAGUUCGAGUCAGACCAUUUACGAUACGAGAAGCCGCACAACUGACCAAAUGCGAUGAUACCACAAUCUUCCUCGGCGAUGGCUCCCUGGCAGCUGCCCCUACACCGAAACUCUCGCAGAAAGGUAUUAGACCGGUAAUCAAAGUCGUCGACGACAAGUGCUUAGUAUUCGAUCCUCCUGAAGACAAUCCUAUACAAAAGUUCUCCCGAUCCGUGGUUCCUUCUGGCAAACGAGUCAAAGAUCAGACUUUCGGUUUCGACCGCAUCUUCGAUGAAAAUGCAUCUCAGGGCGAAGUAUACGAGUCUACUACCAGACCACUGCUGGACAGUGUCUUGGAUGGAUACAACGCUACAGUCUUCGCCUAUGGUGCAACGGGAUGCGGAAAGACACACACUAUCACAGGCACCGUCCAACAACCGGGUAUCAUCUUCCUUACCAUGCAAGAGCUCUUCGAAAGACUCACCGACUGCGCAUCCGAGAAAGUCACCGAAAUCUCAUUAUCCUACCUCGAAAUCUACAAUGAAAUGAUACGUGAUUUACUGGUGCCGGGCACCGUGAGAGGAGGUCUCAUGCUGAGGGAGGAUGCAAACCAAACAGUAUCCGUGGCUGGUCUUUCAAGUCAUCACCCUCAGAACGUACAAGAGGUCAUGGACAUGAUAAUGAAAGGGAACGAGAUGCGGACAAUGUCCCCCACAGAAGCCAAUGCCACCUCGUCGCGGUCUCAUGCUGUCCUUCAGAUCAACGUUGCUCAGAAAGACAGAAAUGCUAGUGUGGAGGAACCUCAUACCAUGGCCACCUUGAGCAUCAUCGAUCUGGCUGGCAGUGAACGGGCUAGUGCCACGAAGAACCGUGGCGAGCGAUUGCUUGAAGGAGCCAACAUCAACAAAUCUCUUCUCGCCCUCGGCAGCUGCAUCAAUGCUCUCUGCGACGUGCGAAAACGGAAUCAUGUCCCAUACCGAAACUCCAAGCUUACCCGUCUCCUAAAGUUCUCCCUCGGAGGCAACUGCAAGACUGUGAUGAUUGUUUGUGUCAGUCCUUCCAGUGCGCACUUUGAUGAGACACAGAAUACCCUAAGAUAUGCCAAUCGAGCGAAAAACAUACAGACCAAAGUCACCCGGAAUGUUUACAAUGUCAAUCGUCAUGUCAAGGACUUCCUGGUCAAGAUUGACGAGCAGAUGGCCCUCAUCAAUGAACUGAAGGCUCAGCAGAAGGACUACGAAGCAGUGGCAUUUGCCAAGUUCAAGAAACAGAACGAGAAGAAGGAGGUUAUUGCUCGAGAAGGUGUACAGAGACUUAGGAGUGCGUAUGAACAUUCUGCGGCUGAGAGACAAGAACGUACCAGCAACAUGAUCAAGUUGAAACAGAUCGGUCGUCGUAUCGCAAUGUUGUCCGCGUGGAUGACAGCAUUCGACACUGUCUGUGAUACCCUCGAGGAGGAAGAGCCCAUGAAGAACAUGCAAGUUGUGAGAAAAGCUGCGCAAGGCAUUAUGAUGGAACUCGAGAGUGGCCGGCACCAUUGUCAGCAGAAAGUGUCCAAGAGCACGUGGGACAGGGCAAUGACCACAGCACUGGACCAUACUCUGCGACAACUCCAGGAAGUCGAUACUGGGGACAUGGUCGAUUCGGAGAUGGUACGCCGAGAAGUCGAAUUGCUCAAGUCCAAUGCCGAGAGAGAAGCACUUGCCGCUGUCAAUGAACAAGAAAAAAUGGGAGACGCCGCGACCAUACAAGUUCUGCUGCAAGCGCAUUUCGAAACCAUUUCUGCGAUUGAGAGUCUGAAUGCCAUGAGUGUCGAUGAAGCGGUCGAGGCAGCCACUCAGAUCCUUGGCAAGAUGCUCGCCUCAGCAUCUAGUGCGGCCUCGUAUAUUGUCAAACCUGAUGGGAGCCUUGCGCCCGUUGAGUCCUUCGCACCUACAAAAACAGGAACACCAAAGAGACGCAAGCAGAAUAUGAACAGCUCUCUAUUGGAUACGAGCCCGAUCCGAGCCAAGAUUCCGAUUCUUUCUCCGGCAGCCAGACCUUCUCCAAGACGACGCGCGCUGCUGGGUAGCUCGAAGAAAGGUUUUCAAGUAUCCUUCACUCCCAAGAAGAGGAAGUCUCCUGUCAAGGCCAAGCGAGCCGUGAGGUGGCGGGAUGAUACUGAAGACGGCACUUUGGCCGAAUUCGAGAAGACACCACAGAAGUUUGCCUCCUCAUCACCAGACGAAUCAACGACCGAAAUCACAAUUCCUCAGGUCUCUGAGCUCACGACUUCACUUGCACAGCUCCGCACCCAGUCUCCAGGAUCUUCACCGAUACCACCACCACCAGAAUCAACACUUGCUGUACCAGCAAAGAGCAGUCGAUUCCAAGCAGGAUUUCUGUCCAAGAAGAAUGAUGAUUCGCCGUCGUCUUUGAUGCCGCCUCCAAGGACGACGGCGUUCUCAUCCUCAGACAGUGAGACGUCACCCUUGAGGGAGGUCGAUCCGAGCAGAGCUGCGAAUCGACGAUCUUUGGCAGCAACCGCUGACAAGACAACCGUAGAAAUCUGCAUCGACAGUGCUAGCAAUUCUUCAGCUGCCAACUCCGAUGCCGAGAACCAGGCCAAUCCAGACAGAGACGAUGCGAUGAAGAUUCGUGAUGCUGUCAAGCGGUCCAGUUCUUUCCGUCGUUCCAAUGCCAACGGAUCACGCACUCAGCGACGACGCUCUCCAACCGCUGCUACAGCGAUGGCAGGCUCGCCACCCAAUGACAGCAUGUUCGCUGCCGGCCACGUUAGGAGAAUGGUCAUGGGCAAGAGCGAUAAAGAGAAUGACUGGAAGGCUGGAGUGUUGAGUCCACGAGUUCAAGGGGUCGUCAGUCAUUCGAAGGGAUCGGGAAUAGGCGCGGCACGACGGACAACCAUGAGUGGAGAUGUGAGGUCGACACCUAGUACUGGUGAUCGAGGUCCCAUCAGGAUGAGUUCGAUUACACCUUCGCAUGGCCAGGGACAUUCGGCUUCGAGGGGGAGCUUAGUGCCGAAUGGCAAGGCGGUUUGGCGUUGAAGGUCGUGAGUCAAGGACCAAAAAUUUUCGCUUGCAUUGUAUGGUGUCAACGGAUCGAAAUCAACAGGAUGGCUGGGACAAGGACUGACUAGGAUGCCAUGGUAUGACUGGAGUUCGGGCUUCUCUGUACAAUUGUACACUUCUUCACCAAAAUUUGGUUGCUCGACAGCCUGAGCGUAUUGAGCUGCGUUCGAGGCGGGCUUGUAAUGAGAUAUCGGUCUUAGACUCGAGUUUG